AUGGGAAAUUGUAAAGGAUAAUGUUAUUAAAAGAGUCUGAGUUAAACAAAUAAUAUUGAUUGUACAAAAUUAGUGAUUGUUGUAAAAACUUGGCAGAAAGAUGCCUUUUCAUUAUUUGAUUAUGAGAACGCUACAAAUGUGCAGGAAUAAAAAUUUAUUGUAUUAUUUAAUAAAUUACUCUUUAAGAUAAAUAGUGGAGGUUAUUUAGUAGGUCGUAAUUAAAUAGAAUGGAUUGAAAAUGAUUCAAUUAUAAAGGAUGAGCUUUGUAAAAUAAAGAAAAAAAAUGAAAAUUAUUUUAUAGUAAAUCCAAAUUUUCAAAAUGUUGACAAGAAAUAAGUAAUAUAAGAAAAAGAGGAAUGUCAUACAAUAGUAAACAAGUUAAAAUAAUAAAUAUUUUAAGAACUGUGUCAGAUAAGAUAGGAAAUAAGAUUUGGAAAGUAAUACAUGAAAAUGGAAUACUUUUACAAGAAGAAGAUGUUAUAAAAUUAGGAAGAGUGAAAUUUACAAUCCGUUAAAUAGCAUUAGAUAUAAAACCAUAAGAAUAGAGGUCUGAGUGUGAAUCUUCUUAAUCAAAUGGAUCAGAAUAAGCAAUGUGUAGAGUUUGUUGUUCUUCUCAAAAGAAUCCUAAAAAUCCGCUACUGAAUCCCUGUAAAUGUAGUGGAUCAAUUAAAUAUAUUCAUCUAGAAUGCUUAAAAACUUGGUUAAGAAUGAAAUUAGAAAAUCGAUAAAGUGACAAUUGUAUAGUUUAUUUAUGGAAGAAUUUAGAAUGUGAAUUAUGCAAAUAUAAUUAUCCUCCCAAAUUCAAAAGUGAUGAUGCUUAUUAUGAUUUAGUUGAAUUAAGUAAACCAAAUGAUUACCCUUAUUUAAUGAUGGAAUUCACCAAUAAAUAAGUAUUUCUUUUUUAAUAUAGAAUAUAUAGGGAUAGUAAUUAGAAUGGAAUAAUAGUUCUGGAAUUUACAUACUGAAAUUUUUAAAUGUUUAAGAACUAAAGGUUGGGAGAUCAAAUGAGACUGAUAUAAGAGUAAAUGAUAUAUCUGUUAGUCGAAAUCAUGCUAAAUUAUAGGUUCAAGAUAAGAAGGUUUAUCUUUUUGAUAACCAUUCCAAAUUUGGAACUUUGCAUUUAUUAAGAUCUGAAAAAAUAUAAAUAUAAAGAGGAAUGGAAGUUCAAGUAGGAAGAAGUCUCAUUUCAUUUUCAUGA